CUUGACUUGGUGAAACUUUUAAGGCAAACAUUUUCUCCAAAGGUCAUGGUCCCAAUCGGUAAAACUUGUUUUUGGUACCUGCUAAUGCUAAACAAGUGAAUAUUUUGAUGAACCAUAAAAAACAACGAUCGUUCCCAGACUCCUAUGACUUCCAUGCGUCUCCUUGCUCUUGAAUGCGUUGGAAAGAGAGACACACAGACAGAUAUCUGUGAGAGUUAUUUACCCCUGAGAGUUCAAAGAGAUGCAUUCAACGAACGAUUAUAAUAUCUAUAUAUCUACACAUUACCCAUCGCAACUAGCCCUUAAUAUUGCACAAGAAUUUUCAUCGUGAAAGCAGGAAACUGAUUCACAAUACAAAACGCUACAGAUGAUGGGGUGUGUCUUAGAGAAGUUAUUUGCGGUCCUGCUCUGCUGCUUCUGCGCAGGGCCCUCGUUCGUUACGGCUCAGUUCAAACGGGUGUGCUACAUCAACGGGAGAGCUAGGGAACGGGUGGCGACGAUUAGAUUCAGAAUACAGGACGUGGACCCCUUUCUGUGCACCCACCUCGUGUACGCUUUCGCUGGCUUUGACACUGGUGGUCGCCUGCAGUCCCUUCAGGGCAGCAUAGACGUCGACAGCUACAAGGAGCUCAACGGCCUCCGCCAGAGGAACCCAGGCCUAAAAACUCUGCUUGCUGUCGGCGGCUGGAGGUUCGGAUCCCAGAAGUUCUCGCUCAUGGCAAAUAACACAAGCACGCGCCAAACGUUCGUGAGCAGCGCCGUGGCCUUCCUUAGGGAGCAUGCCUUUGACGGCCUCGUCUUGGACUGGCAGUACCCGGGGUAUCGCAACGGCAACGCCAUGGACCGACAGAACCUGAUCGCUCUGUGCAAGGAACUUCGUCAAGCAUUCGAGGAUGAGGCAUCUGGAGAUAAGCGUCUGCUCUUGGCCACUGCAUCCCCGGCGUCUCGCUCACACCUGGACGCCGGGUAUGACGUGGCCGCCCUCACCAGAUAUCUCGACCAGUGGCACUUGAUGACCUUCAACUACCAUGGUCCGUGGGACAGGACGACAGGCCACAAUAGUCCUUUGAUGGCCAGAUCAGAAGACACAGGUCUGGCUCUGACAAGGAAUAUGGCUUGGACGGCCAACGAAUACGUGACACGAGGUGCACCACGUGACAAACUCUUGCUGGGGCUGUCAACGUACGCUCGAGCCUUCAUGCUAGAAAAUUCGUUGCACAUCACACCUGGGUCAAAGGCCACAAUAGCACCCUCUAGCAAUUACACACAGGAACCUGGAUUUCUGGCUUACUAUGAGGUGUGCAAAAUAGUUUCCGAGCCCGAUGCUAACGUGUUCCUGGACAACGAACAGCGAGUGCCAUACUUAGUAAAGAAGAAUCUGUGGAUAUCUUUUGAUGACGUGAACAGCACAAAGGAGAAGGCCCAGUGGCUCAAGCAGCAAGGUUUCGGGGGGUUCGUGGCGUGGACCCUGGACACCGAUUCCUUCCACCCAGAUCUUUGCAACUCGCAGUCUAAUAAAGCCUUCCUCCUCAUUUCCGCUGCUGCUGCCGUGAUGCUGGACUCCGUGCAGCCUGGUGCCAGUUCCUCCUCCCUGCACAAUGUCUCCACAAGCAGCACCACCCCAUCACUGUCGAACAUCAAGCCAGCUCCUGUCACCUCACCACCGGACGGUGUGGAUAGAGCGGAAACGACGGCAGAAACCGCGACAACCUCACCAAGCUCCACGGUGUUUAGCUGUGAAGGGCGACCAUGGCGCAAUUACCCACAUCCGACAUCGCCCUGCCGGUUUAUCGUCUGUUGGGCUGAUCACAUGUACAUCAAAGAGUGCCCCAACUCUAACUUCUACAACCACAACACGGGCACGUGCGAGUUGCCACGGCAGGGCAAGGUCACAUGCUGAGCAGCAGCAGCAUUAACAUCGUUUAUCCUUUAUUCCUUAUUACUCCUCGAGGAGCAUGGGGCCGCAACACCACCUCGCCAGCGGACCCGGUUUGGGGUCCAGCUGAUGUCCACAGUGUUAAUGCUGAUCAGAGGCAGUCUAAACAGACCGUUUUGUUAUCAAAGCUGUAAACCGAUGAUUAAAUCCAUGGUAGUUCUCUGCAUCUACUGCUCAAUUCUUGGUGCACUUAUUUAAAUGUGUAUAUUCACUUAUAAUUAUGUAUGGGUGAAUGCUCAAAUUGUUAAUGAAUUUUGAUGGAAUUGUAUGAGUACUGAUUUUUUCAGCAAAAUCUGGAAUUGCAUCUUUUCCUUUCAGUUUUAAAUGGACUUUAUUUAUUCUUGAAAUCCCCUUAUUGUUACCAAAAGACUGUGAAUUUACAUUCAAAAAAUCUUCUUCAGGGCAAAUCGGAGAUUGAUAAUCAGGCGGGCACAUGCAAAAUUUUUAUCUUUAGAUCAUCAACUGUUUCUUUGUAUUUUUCUAUAUUU